CGGAGAGUUCUGGAGUCCACCUAAGGAACCUCAGCAAUGCAGUGUAACAAAUAACCUGAGAAUAACCACACCCAAGGAUAAAGGAAGACAGCCUCAUUUUGCCUGCAUCACUCCAGCCCCUGAGCCAGCGUUGCUCCUCCGGGUCAGGAGGGAGCUCCCCGGCUGAGAGAAUGCCCCUCGCUGAGAAAGGAAGAAGGAGAACGGAGAUGUGGCUUUUGAUUCUGGUGGCGUAUUUGUUCCAAAGAAAUGUGAAUUCAGGAUGUAUGCCAACUAAAGCUGCGGAUCCGGAAGCAUUCAUGAAUAUUAGCGAAAUCAUCCGACAUCAAGGCUACCCUUGUGAAGAGUAUGAGGUUGUGACAGAAGAUGGGUACAUCCUUUCAGUUAACAGAAUUCCUCAAGGCCCAGCGCAACUUAAGAAAACAGGUCCGAGGCCAGUGGUAUUACUGCAGCAUGGCCUGAAUGGGGACGCCAGCCACUGGAUCUUCAACCUGCCCAACAGCAGCCUGGGCUUCAUUCUGGCAGACGCCGGUUUUGACGUGUGGCUGGGGAAUAGCAGGGGGAACACCUGGUCUCGUAAACACAAGACCCUCUCCGUAGACCAAGAUGAGUUCUGGGCUUUCAGUUAUGAUGAGAUGGCUAGGUUUGACCUUCCUGCAGUCAUAAACUUUAUUUUGCACAAAACCGGCCAGGAAAAGAUCUACUAUGUCGGCUAUUCACAGGGCACCACCAUGGGCUUUGUUGCUUUUUCCACCAUGCCAGAACUGGCUCAGAAAAUCAAAAUGUAUUUUGCUUUAGCGCCCAUAGCCACUAUUAAACAUGCAACAAGCCCUGGUACCAAAUUUUUGUUGCUGCCGGAUAUGAUGAUCAAGGGACUGUUUGGCAGAAAAGAAUUUCUGUACCAGACCAGAUUCUUCAGACAGUUUGCUAUUUACCUGUGUGGUCAGAUGAUUAUGGAUCAGAUUUGUAGCAACUUCUUGUUUCUUAUGGGAGGAUUUAAUACAAACAAUAUGAACAUGAGCCGAGCAAAUGUGUAUGUCGCUCACAUUCUGGGCGGGACGUCCGUGCAAAAUAUCCUACACUGGAGCCAGGCAAUGAAUUCUGGGGAAUUCCGGGCAUUUGACUGGGGGAAUGAGACCAAAAAUCUGGAGAAAGGCAAUCAGCCAACUCCCGUAAGGUACAAGGUCAGAGAUAUGAUGGUCCCCACCGCAGUGUGGACUGGGGGUCAGGACUGGCUUUCAAAUCCAGAGGACGUGAAGACGCUGCUCUCCGAGGUGACCAAUCUCAUCUACCAUAAGAACAUUCCUGAGUGGGCACAUGUGGAUUUCAUCUGGGGCUUGGAUGCUCCUCACCGUAUGUACAAUGAGAUCAUACAUCUGAUGAAGCAGGAGGAGACCAGCUUCUCCCAGGGAAAGUGCGAGAUCAGGCUGUGAAGCAUCCGAUACUGAUGAGUCUUAGGAUUUUUCAGGAUUUCCAGAAACUGGAAACCUCUCCUAUCAGUAGAAGGGGGUGGGGAAGGGAGGGCAGAGAUAUAAUACGCAUUCCUUCAGAGUUCCUGUAUUUGACACUAAAACGGACAUUUAAAUUUUUUUUAGCUCAUUAAAAUACUCAUUGGGUGAACAUAGGUUUCCUGUGUUAUAUAUUCUGCCAUCCUGAAGGGCAGGUUUUGCCUGACAGCCGGAAAUUAACCAGGACUCUUUAUAUCAUUCAGGUAGACCCCUUUACAAUGUUAACUUUUUUUCUAGAAGCCAUAUUUUUGGAACAGUCAAGUAAAAUGAUGGAUGGGGACAGCGACAGAGGUCUUGAAUCUCUGGAUUUGUUGUAACUACGACAAAAUAAGCUAGACAUUUUCACCUUAUUGCCAUAGAGACAUCACGCUACCUCAGGAAGCUGAGCUGUUUUAGGAAAGAAAGAGAGAGAGAGAGAGAUGGAAAGAGAACAGUAUGGACGAAAUACAUUUUAAGCAUCAUUAAAAAGGGCCAAGUUUUAUAGUUGAGUCUCAGAGGAAAUAAUUUGGUAAGAUAUUUAGUCACUUUUCCAGUAAGUACGUUAUGCCCUGCAUGGAGCACGUCUAUCUGUCAGUACCUAGUGCCAAGUCCAAGUUCAUAUGAGAGUUUACUGCCUGAGGCUACCAACGUCUGGCCCCGUUUUCCCCCUUCAAAAAUUAAAAACUGGGAAAAAAGCUUUAGAAAUUCAUGAGCAUAGUGACACAAACUGUCAUGUAUUCUGUCCCUUGAUCUUGACAAGUACCCAAACUCAUCCACAAAUCUGGAUUUAUUUCUUUAGAAAAAUGUUCACAGUUCACACAGUUUCCAAGAUGACAGUUAUAAGUUACGUGAGUGAGAGUGUAAUUUUGCAAACCAGAUUGAAGGUAUACUGGUGCGUGAAGUUCGCUUCUUUAUUCAAUCCCCCAGAGUCACCUGCUAACUUCAUUCAAUGCAAAUGUAUCUUAAAUAAUUUAAGAGACACUUAAAGGCUUCAGAAUCUAUAUAUACACUCUACUACUUCCCUCACAAAACAUGUACUGUAAGGUUCUGUACAUAGUUCAAUAAAUACUCCUGGAUUGGAUUUU